GAAAAUAAUAACCGCAAAAUUUAUGAAACAAAUAAGCAGGGAUAACAAGUAUUAAAGCUUAUUCUCUUUUAUGAUUGCUGGCAUGCUCAUUCAUUUUAUUGAAAACAACUGAACGGAAAGUAAUCAGAAAUCGAUAAAAGUAAUAUAAAAGCGAAAGGUAACACGUUUAAAUAACGAUAACAAUACAAAAAUUAGCGAUAAAACGAGCAAAACAGGACCUCAGUAUUUCAAUGGGACUCGCAGUGUGCACUUGCAAAAAGUAAAAGAGGCAUCCGAAAUACAAAAACAUCAAAAUUACAACAAAAAAAAAAAAGAAGAAAUUAAUAAUACAGAAAAGUAAAAUUUCAAAAUACUCAGAAUGCAAGGAUUAAAGAAUAACUCAAGCAUAAGCAAUAGUUAUCUCUUAUUCAUAGGUCAGCCUGGUAGAUGGGUGUGUACAUGUUUUAUAUAAAAAAACCACAUGAGAAUAAGAAAAUUGAAAAUCAACGGCAAUAAAGUUUCCGAAUAUUCCCUAAAAGCACAGAGCAAGUCUAUUGUCACAAAUUAACAACCAGGAAGACAAGAGGCUUUCCUGCAAUAAUAGAUAAUAAAAAAUUUGUUAACGUCGGCCUUUAAUGGAAGGAGAAAAAAAAACUGAAAAUCAACUGAAUUACAAGGAAAAGUAAAGGUUGUCUGUCCUCUAGUAACAUAAUCAUAUGAGAGUUCAAAAGAAAAAACAAUAACGGUGUGUGUAUGUACGUUUAUGAAAGCAACGUAAACUUCAUACGUUAUUGAUAGAACGUUACAUUAGUUGAAGGUAACCAUUAGACGACGUAAAUCAUUUUAGAUACCGCACCGGAAAUUAAAUUAUAAUCAAUAAGUAAUAUUGCAAAUACACAAGCACAACACAAUUCCUGCCAAUCAGGCAGAUAAGGGAAAUUACCAUAGCUGAUUGACUAACUGACUGGUCGGUUCGCUUCAUUGGCCGUUCUGACUGGUCUAUCUAAUUAGGGAAAAAGAAAAGUUAUAUAAACAAUCAAUAACUUGAUACAAGAAACGAUGGUAACGAUGACUUCAGAAGUCGACAAAACACAAACCACCAUAACAAUGGCCAUUAAAUUGUCAACAAGUCCUACCCACCAACACCAGCACAACCAUUCAACCACCAAUAAUCCUUCCGAUACAAUUAUGCCAUUAGAAGAGGCAAUAACAUCAGUCGAUACUGAUAACAUUAUUAUUAAUACAAAUGGUCUUAAAGAGUUUCUAAAAGUCGAAGGAGAAGAUAAGGAGCAAGAGAAGAUGACCAGUGCGGGUGACAGUUCCACAGAGACCAUCGAAUUAAAAACUGAAUUAAAUCCAAAUGUGACCACAAAAACUGUAAUAACUGCUGAAAUUAGUUGUAACUUGCAAAUGACAACAUCUACCACCACUAGCACCACCUCUAAUAAUAGUGUAAACACCAAUAAUAUAAACGCAGCAAACAGCACUCAAAAUUCGAUAGGCCCAAUUAGAGCAACCACAUCACUGCAAGCCAGUGCGGAUACAAAAUCCUGCUGUCAUCAGAAAGCGCCCAGACAUUCGCAUUUUACAUCACCGCCCACUAACCAUCACAAUAAAAACGAAGACGCGCCUAAUAUAUUGGUAUAUAAGAAGAUGGAGGCGAUUAUUGAGCGAAUGCAAGCUGAAAGUACCGGUGUAGCUGUACGCACCGUUAAAGGUUUUAUGACCAAAGUUCCUUCGGUGUUUACGGGAGCGGACUUAAUUGCCUGGACUUUAAAAAAUCUCGAUGUUGAAGAUGUUACCGAAGCUUUACAUUUUGCCCAUUUGCUAUCAUCUCACGGUUAUAUCUUUCCCAUUGACGAUCAUGCCUUGACUGUGAAAAACGAUGGCACUUUUUACAGAUUUCAAACACCAUACUUCUGGCCAUCAAACUGCUGGGAACCGGAGAACACCGACUAUGCAGUGUAUUUGUGCAAACGUACCAUGCAAAAUAAAACACGUCUCGAGCUGGCUGAUUAUGAAGCAGAGAACUUAGCAAAACUACAGAAAAUGUUUUCGCGAAAAUGGGAAUUUAUUUUCAUGCAAGCUGAAUCGCAAAGUAAAGUGGCUAAGAAACGUGAUAAAUUGGAACGUAAAGUCCUAGAUUCGCAAGAACGAGCUUUCUGGGAUGUUCAUCGUCCUAUGCCCGGUUGUGUUAAUACUACAGAGAUUGAUAUUAAGAAGGCUUAUCGUAGAGGAUGCUCAAGCCACGGUACCGGCUCAGCCGGAGCCUCAGUAGCCAAAAAUCCCGUAGAACAAUUGACUCGCAUUAUAGCUUUGCGUAAACAAAAACUAGAACGACGUACGAUUAAAGUCAGUAAAGCAGCAGAAGCCCUGGUAUCCUAUUACGAGCAGUACAAUGAAUUUGAUUACUUUUUGACAUCGCCAGAAUUGCCAAAUCCUUGGCAAACCGACAGCCCCGAAAUGUGGGAAGCCGAAAAGAAUAGCAAAGAGGUGCCCUUGCGUAACGUGAAACGUUGGGCUUUUAGUAUGCGUGAAUUGUUAAAAGAUCCUGUGGGACGUGAACAAUUCGCAAAAUUUCUGGAGAAGGAAUAUAGUGUAGAAAAUAUACUAUUCUGGGAAGCGGUACAAGAAAUGAAAGCAUUGCCCCAGUCAGCCAUUAAGGAGGCCAUUCAUAAUAUAUGGCAACAGUUCUUAGCGCCAGACUCUCCGUAUGCUGUUAAUGUCGAUUCAAAAUCGAUUGAUUUGGCACGUGAGGCGGUUAAUUGCAAUAAUCCGAAUCGUUGGUGUUUCGAUGUGGCAGCUGCUCACAUUUAUCAUCUUAUGGAAAGGGAUUCAUAUCCGCGAUAUUUACGAUCAGAAGCGUAUAAAGAUUUUUUAAAUUGUUCGCGCAAAAAGGUCAAAUCUAUACCGAACUUAUUUGGUGUGAAACGCUGAAGCGUGGCUCCUGCGGCUUCUUUGGCAGCUGCAUCGACAACAAACACCGUCACCGUUACUACCGCAUCAUCAGCAUCCACAUCAUCAAUACAUACCACACACCACCGUACUCAACACCGACAAAGUCAGGAUUAGUAAAUGCAACAAACAACCAAAAAAAAAAAAAUAGCGAAAAAAUAUAUCUCACUCUCCCUCGCUGUCUUCGUUCACAUAGCAGACAUAAAUAUAAAUAAUAAAGGAAUCAACCUAUAAACUCAUAGCAUAAUAUACAUAACGUUUUCCUAAUUUGUUCCAUAGAUUGAAACAUGCAUCAUUUGCUAAGCAACAAUAUUUACUUUAAUCAAAGAGGUAGAUUUAGAAAAGAAUGCAAAAAGAAACAAAACACAAAUUAAAAAUUGUAUUAUUUAUGUAUUAUUGUAAGCAUAAAGUAUUAUAUAAUUAACAAAUCCUAGUAAGCCGACUCGUCUAUAUAAGUAAUUAGACUGUUGCCUAACUAAACUAAUCAUUUACUAUAUUUGUAUAUGUAGCUAAAUAUCUAAUCGUUAUAUAGUUUAAAUCGAAUCUGUAGUAUACAGAGCUUAAAAAAACAAAAGAAGAGAAAACCGAAAAUAAUAGAAAAUCGUUUACACAAAAAGUAUAACAAAGAAACAAAAGCAAAAACAAAAAAGGACAACUGCCAAUGCAUAAAUUUCUCGUUACUUUUCGAUUUCAAGGAAUAAUAGUAAAAUAAAUCAAAAGAACAGAAAAAGAAAAAAAAAGCCAAAACAAAACAAAACUCUCAUAAGUAAACUAACACAAAAGUGAAACUAUCAAGUAUUGGUUCAAGUCGGUUUGUUGUAAUUACGUACUUAGAUCAAAAAAAAUGUUUUCAAGCUCUGCAAGAUUAGGAAAUUGUGAGAGAAAAUCAUUUUUGGACAAUUCUUUGGAAAUUGUUCCUCUUUUCUUUUUUUUUUCUUUUUUGUUUUUUUU